GGGCGGGCGGCAGUCACGCGGUCAUCAGUCGCGCCGUGCCCGUGCUACGCCAUGCCCGCCCCAGGCCGCGGCUGUGGGCUGCACACCUGCUUGAUGCUCCUGUGCGUCGUAGCAGGCAGUCGUCAAUUGUCUAUAACUGAGUUCGCGGUGCCGAGCACAGUGGAAGCGGGCAAUAAUGUGGAGCUGCAGUGCCGGCACAGCGACGCCGAGCGCGUGGACUACGUCAAGUGGUGGUGGACGCCGCUGUACGCCGCCAGCGAGGACCAGAACCGAGUGCUACUCUACCAGAGACUGACUGGCCAUGCCGCGGAGAUAGCCCGAAAGAAUGUCGAGAGCAAAGACAAUGACACUAUUGUGUUAAUGAACCUGAAAUCCUACGACUCCGGCGUUUACGAGUGCGAGGUAUCCAACGUCGCUGAAGUGCGCAGACAUCAGGAGUUGAUAGUGUUCUCUAACGGGACGGGCAUUGAACUGAACGUGUCGAAAAUAGAGGACGGUCCAGAUGAGGACGAUGCAGAAGAGGUAUUGGUGCUGUGCGAAGUGCAUGACGCCACGCCGCUACCAAAGCUCUCCAUAUCCGUGGACGACAUUGAAAUUGACAACAUAACGCAGUAUGUGACCGGCGGUGACAACGGAGUGUACGACGUAUUCGCGAACCUGACGCUCGACUCGGACGACAUCGAUGAAGGGGUCACGAUACGCUGCGAGCUGGCGUACGAGAAUACGAACGUCAGCCAGAGCUACACUAGUGAAAUCACAUACACAUCGGGCACUGCGCUAUCCACGACGGAGACGCCCGAGGACACGACAAGCUCUGAGGUCGCAUCCGAAUUGAAAAAUAACAAUGGUGUUAGUUAUGGAAGCCGGUGGGUCCUGUUUGCUGCGUCUCUAGUUCUAACUAUUCUAAAUAAUUUAUUGUGACAGGUACAAAAUAUUAGAACUUAUUUUUUAUUUAUUUACAUAUCUA